CUAAAAACCAAAACGUAGAAAUAGGGUGACGGAAAUAGCAACACAGCUAAACGAUAAAUCUUACAGUUUCCGCCAUCGUCCUCCUUCUUUCCUUCGGAGACUCUCCUGCAACUUCUGCUGAUUUCUCGUUGAGAUUUCAAACUAUUUACUCAUCCUAUCAUUGGAAUAUAUAUGUGCCAUUUGAAUCCACCGCUCGCUCGUUACAGUCUCCCUCCUCUCCGAUGGCGGGUCCAAUCAGACCCACAUUCCAGUCCUCUUCGUCUUCUUCGAAUGCCUUCGUUUUCCGUCUCCUCUUUCUUCUCGCUCUCCUCCCCUUGACCCUCGCGGUUUUCGCAUUCGUCCUCCAAUGGCGUGGCGGAUUUUUGAGCGACCCCAUUAACAGAUGGUCUCCAGAAACCCAUCAGUUCCCCGGCAUGAUGGAAACCACCGCCGAGGAGGCUGAUGCCUUCGGCGGCAGCUCCGCCAAGGCUGUCGUCAGAAGUUCCGAUUCAGGGUGCUCUCUUUUGGGUCCCUCCCAUUCUGCUUCGUUUCCUUAUUACCGGGAUUGGAAGUUCGACUAUGGGUCGGAUCUGAAUCCCAAGGGUGUGAAAGUCAUAUACAGGACUAGGGAACUCGAGGUGCAACAAGCUAAUAGCCGCGUUUGGAAUGAAACUUGGCUGGCAAGCUUCUUCUACAAACCUUGCAAUCAUGAGUUAUUUGUGAAGCAAUCACUCAAUAUGGAAAUGGCCAUCGUCAUGGCAAGGGACGAAGGAAUGGAUUGGAUUCUCCACCUUGACACAGAUGAGCUCAUUCAUCCUGCUGGAGCUCCUGAGUAUUCUUUGAGGCGGCUUCUAUCAGAUGUACCUGAAGAUGUCAAUAUGGUUGUCUUUCCAAAUUACGAGAGUAGUGUCGAGAGGGAUGAUAUCAAGGAACCUUUCAGUCAGGUCUCAAUGUUUAAGAAAAAUUAUGAUCAUCUUCCUAAAGAGGUAUACUUUGGAAGCUACAGGGAAGCCACCCGUGGCAAUCCAAACUACUUUCUUACAUAUGGAAAUGGCAAGUCUGCUGCUCGAGUUCAAGAUGAUCUUCGUCCCAAUGGUGCACAUCGAUGGCACAAUUAUAGGAGGACUCCCAAUGAAGUCAAAUUUGAAGAGGCUGCUGUUCUGCAUUAUACAUAUACGAAAUUUUCGGAUCUGACUUCAAGGAGGGAUCGCUGUGGAUGCAAACCCACUAAAGAGGAUGUCAAGAGGUGUUUCAUGUUGGAAUUCGACAGAGCUGCCUUCAUAAUUGCUUCAACUGCAACAGACGAAGAAAUGCUCCGCUGGUAUCGGGAACAUGUUGUAUGGACAGACAAAAAUUUGAUUCUCAAACUCCAGAAAAAGGGCAUCCUGACUCGCAUUUACUCCCCCAUGUUAAUUAUUCAAGCACUAAGGGAAGCUGGAGUAUUCAGCUCAGUAAUAUCAGAAGCCGCAGCAACGAGAAACAUCCCAAUAGAUGACUUCUCAUCAUCAGUGAAUGCUACUACUACCAACCCUAGUAGUCCAGACAUACCCACCGGCUUGGUGCAUUCGAGAAAAAUUGGCCAGGAGAAGAAGGCGGCAGAAUCCCAUGCAGCAGGCGGAAGAAGGUUGUUCGACAAGUCUUCUCACCCGCCAGCAGUGCCUCCGCUUUCUCCACCUGGCAUAGAUGACAUUAUCGAAAUAGUCUCGACAUGAACCUCUAUAAACGAAGUAUGUCCUUCUCCACCAUUUCCACUGGCAUUAGAUUUGAUCAAAGCAAAACUAUGGUGGGUGGUCCUUUAGUCAUUCCUGUACAUUUAGGUUUAGGAAAUUUUGUCUUUCAUUUUGAUUUUCCCACUAUAUAUGAGAUCUUCACAGCUGAGGAAAAGAAGAUUUUGAUUCUGAUACAAGCAGACCUCACUAUACACUUUCCUUUGUUGUUGUUUUUUUCUGGCCAUGUGGUUAGGAACAUCAAAGUCUAGUUUUUCUUUUUGGGAAUUGAUUCCCCCAUUGUUAUCAGUGGUUACACAGACUACAGAGAGUUAUAUGAUAUGACAUUGAUAUGAGAUCAUUACUUUGAAAAUGGCUUCUUUCAAUUGAUGUCUGUUUGUGCUUUGCUUUGAGGCGGGGGACAAUGGAGAGUGAUUAUGGGUAUCGUAUCUGAUAUAGGAACAGAAGGAUGACCAAUGGGGUUUCAGAGUUAGAUUGCCUCCCUCACAUCAAAGAUCCUAACUUUCUUAAAGCCAUUGAUGGGGUGUUUGGCUUCUGGGCCGCUAACAUUACAGGUGGGGGAAAGAAAAGUAGGCAGGCAAACAGGCAAGAGCACUAAAUAUGGUUGUGUGCCGAUGUGAUGUUGAAAUUAGGUGAAUUCUGAGGCUUUGCUUCAAUGGGAGAGGAAUAAGGGCAGUGGUGGUGGGAGACAGACAGAUUGCUUCAUAGAAGGGGCAAGCAACAUUGUGUAGUUGUGUACAUGCUAUUUGCUGGCCUACAUCUUUUGGCCUUAUAUUAAUACCUAAAGUAUGUAUUUCACGAGCAAGUCUAGAGUGCACUUCUAAUUUUGGAUGUAUCGUACACGCGCUAUUUACAAUUGAUUUGUCUGUAUUGGUCGACGAUUUUUUGUAACUCU